AGAUUUAGAAAGUUUUCUGUCAUGACGUCGGUUCAGAUUAACCAUAAUUUCAUUUGGUCGUAAGAGGGCGUUUGUAGUUCGCCAGCCUAAAAGUCACGAAAUUUGAAAUGUUUUGUGGACAGUGAUUCCAUCAGUAAUCCCCGACAAUCGAGACAAGCCCAAUGUUAUGAACUGCAUUUUAUGCACGUAUCUCAACUUGGAUGUCGUCGUCCUUUCUUUAAGCCUACUGUUGGGGUCACUUCAGCAGAAUUUAACGUCACACAAAGUUCAUAACAGCUUUAGCAUUCGUCACCAUGAGUCAAGUAGGUGUUGAUGAUGUCAAUCCAGAGGAUUCUGCAAGUCAGGUUGGGAAGAGUUCCACCACGUCAUCUGGACUUAGGACCAGGGCCAAGAGGGCUGCAAUAGCAGCAGAAUUAGCAGUUCUUCAGGAAGAACAAGAGAUAGAACUCGAAGAAAUACGCCUUAAGCAAAGGAAGGCUAAGUUACUCUUACGUGCCAAGCUCAGCGCAGCAGAGGCAGAAGAAGACGUGUAUGAGCAACACAGGAGUGGCAGUAAGGUGUCGAGUAUAGGGAAUAGGAGUUCCAGUCAGCAGAAUGUCAAGCAGGUGCAUGAAAGUGCAGAGCAUGCUACGGAACAUCAUCAUCAUGUCAGCAAUCAUGAUGUCAAGGAACCUGCGCUCCUACAAGAGACUAUUCCUUUUCCAGCUCAGCAAAUGGCUUCAUCUCCCAUUUCAGGUCAAGCUUAUCAACCACGAGACGACCGAGAAUUUUAUCUGCAGACCCAAGUUCAGCAACAACGAUGGUUGGAAGCUAUCAGUCUGGCUAAUGUAGAGAUGAUGAAGUUUGAUGGGAGUCCUUUGCACUUCCAUGAAUUUAUGAUGUCGUUCGACAACUUAAUUGGUCGAUCUUCACUCGAUAGUGGGACAAAACUUAUGAAGUUAUAUCAUUGCUGUGAAGGAGAAGUUAAGGGCAUCAUACAGUGCUGUAUGGUCAUGGAACCACUGUAUGGGUACCAACGAGCCAGAGAGCUGUUGGUGGAACGCUUUGGCAGCAAGUACAAGAUAGGAGAAGCCUGGAUCAAACGUAUAACCACUGGUCCAAUCUGCCAUGCGAAUGACCGGAAGGGGCUGCAGAAGUUUGCAGAUGAGUUGAAGAUCAGCAUGGAAACUCUUCGAGCAAUGGAUCUACUGCAGGAAAUUAGUAGCCAGAGAGAGUUGCUGAAGGUGGCUGAGAGACUUCCAUAUUACCUUAAAGGUAGAUGGUUAAAGUUGGUGAGAGACAUCAGACAGCAGGAGCGUUCUCCCGAUAUCUCGGACAUGGCAAGGUUUGUCUCCAACGCUGCUGAGGAAGCCAAUGAUCCUGUCUUUGGAGAUCUGACAGCAACAAGAAAAAGAGUUGAAACUUCAAACCCAGCUUUCAACAAGAAGAGUACAAGAAGUAACUACAUGUACGCUACAGAGGUAACAGAAGUAGCAGUCAACCUGAAGUGCCUGAAGUGUAGGCAAGAACAUUCCUUGUUUGGGUGCGACAGUUUUAAAUCCAUGGCACCCGAGAUGAGAUUUCAGUUUGCUCAGGACAACAGACUAUGUUUCAACUGCCUGCAAUCUGGCCACACCAGUAGGUUUUGCAGAUUGAAUAGAAGAUGCUCAGUACAAGGAUGCCAGAGAAAACACACAAAAUUUCUCCAUUUUGCACAGGAUGCAUCUUCAUCUGCAGGAAGGAUGACAACGACACAGGCUCCAGUUGAAACCCAGAACAACGAAGUCCAUCAAGUCCAGAAUGGGUUCGUUAAGAAGUGUGUCACAGGGGCCGGAAGGUGUGUGCUUCCCAUUGUUCCAGUGAGGGUUAGAGCUCAAGGAGAGAAUGUAUUUGUGAAUACAUAUGCACUGUUAGAUUCUGGUUCAACCAGUACAUUUUGUACAGCCACUUUGGCCAGAGAACUCAAUGCUACUGGAAGGAAGCAAAGUUUAAGCCUGACAACACUGGAGAAGCGUAAUAGCCCCAUAGAGACCUCAGUGAUUAGUCUGAUUGCAGACACGGGACCAGAUACAGACUGUGUGAAGCUACCCUGUGUGUAUACCAGAGACGCCAUUAAUAUCAGAGACACACACAUUGCCAAUGUGGAUGACAUUUCAGGAUAUCAUCACUUAGAAGGAAUCAACCUCCCGAUCAUUGAACGACAUGAAGUUGGACUGUUGAUAGGGCAGGAUUCACCUGAAGCCUUGAUACCUAUCGAGGUGAGACGAGGACAGCAUGGCCCUUAUGCUGUUAGGACCAAAUUGGGUUGGUCAGUGAGUGGACCUGUAGGUUCCAGUUCAGAUGGUGUACCCAAAGCUACAUCUAGCUUCAUUGACAGUAAUGAUAGACUGGAGGAACAAGUCAGCCAAUUCUGGAAGAUCGAAGCUACAGAUGUGCUUAAGAAAGACAAGGCAAUGUCAGUCAAUGACAAGAAGGUAAUGGAAAUAUGGGAGAGGGACAUCCAGCGGGAAGGUGCACAUUUCCAACUACCGGUGCCCUUCAGAAGGAGACCACCUAACUUGCCUGAUAACAAGUGGAGUGCAGAACAGCGUUUGAAAUCGUUGGCAAGGAGAUUGCAAAGAGAUCAAGCAAUGUAUGUGAAAUACAAACAGGGCAUAGAGGAUCUCCUCAGGAAAGGCUAUGCAGAGGAAGUUAGUGAGGAGACUAGGCAACCCAAGGACACCCCUGUUUGGUAUUUGCCCCACCAUCCAGUCUUGAAUCCCCAAAAACCAGACAAGAUGCGAAUCGUGUUCGAUUGUGCGGCCAAGCACCAAGGGGUAUCUUUGAAUGAUGCAGUGUUACAGGGGCCGGACCUUAUAAACAAUUUGAUGGGAGUUUUGCUUAGAUUCCGCCAGCAACCAGUAGCACUCAUGUCAGAUAUAGAGGCAAUGUUCCACCAAGUGAGGGUACCUCCAGAAGAUCGAGACGUGUUGAGAUUCUUGUGGUGGAAGGACGGAGACUUCAACAAGGAACCGCUGGUCUACCGGAUGUGCGUCCACCUCUUCGGAGGUAAGUGGAGCCCAAGUGUGUGCAGCCAUGCACUUCGUCAGACAGCAAGAAACGGUGAUGGUAAUGGUAAGGUGGAAGCAUCUAAGGCCAUUCUCGAGAACUUCUAUGUGGACGACUGCCUGGUGUCAGUUGAGAAUGAAGAAACAGCGGUGAAACUUGCUGCGGACUUGAUGGUCUUGCUCAGUGAAGGAGGCUUCAGAUUAACCAAAUGGGUCAGUAACAACCCAUUUGUCCUGCAAUCCAUACCAGAAGAAGAGAGAGCUAAAGAUGUGAGGGGUCUGGAUCUCAAUCAUGAUGCUCUUCCAGUCGAGAGAGCACUUGGAAUCAGCUGGGAUGUAGAAACUGAUUGUUUGCUGUACAAAUUUAGACCCAAGGACAAACCCAAACCAGGAGGGGUAUCUUGAGUGUUGUAUCUUCCAUCUA